UUAGGUCUCCUAAGUGAAUCACUUCUAUUUGUACUGAAGGGAAAGCGCACUGCUUAGUUGAAGCCAGCCCUGUGUUUGUCAUCACAGCGUUGACCUGCUGCAGGAUUAGCUUUGACGGCUAACAUUGGGAUUUCUCAUUCAUGUUUGAUGUUUUUCACCAACACAGUGCUAAUGUGACAGCGUCAUGUUGCUUGGUGUUUUUCUUUUUUAAAACAUCAGCAUGGAGUUGCUUAAGAUAGAGCAAGUCAUUGUUGGAAGUGAGAUGAAAUCCUCAACUGAGAUCAAGCCCGAGUCUGCGGUCACCCCCCUGCAGUCCUAUCAGCAUGAAAGUCUGCAGUGUUUUCAGUGCUUCAUCACCUUCAGUGACCCCAAAGCCAAGGAGAGACACAUGAGGAAGAGUCAUCGGGACCAGUACAAGCAGCACCUGCAGCAGAUCAAUACACUGUUCACUUGCUACAAGUGCGACAAGUGCUUUUCCUCCUCUGAAGAGCUCACCAAACACCAAAACACACACAGCACAGAAGAAAAGCCCUUCCUUUGUGCCUAUUGCCAGAAUAAUUUCUGUACAUUUACUGAGCUGACCAAACACAGACGAUAUGAAUGCAUGGAACGGCGGUGCCCCUGCAGGGACUGCGGAGCUUCGUUUCCCAGUCCCUCGCGAUUACGCUACCACCGCAUCGCAGUGCACCCUCACAGCGCCACGGUGGCUGACGACAACACCUUCCAGUGCGGCAAAUGUGGCCGUGGUUUCCCAAUAGAAGAGGAGCUCAUGCAACACCAGGAGAAAUUUGCAAACAAUCUAAACUGUGAUGGUAAGCCGCGAGGCAAAAAACGUGGCCGUAAACCCAAAUAUGUAACUCAAGAGGAAGUGGUAGGUUGGAAGAAGACCAAACAAGAUGAACAACCAGAGGGGAGAAAGGAAUCCAGUGACUCACACAUAGAAGAAUCUUCUUCAAUAGAGCUGAAAAUUCCCUGUCCUGAAGCAGAUUGUGAUUGUACAUUUCCCUCUGUUGCUGCUCUCCGAGCCCAUAAGAAAGACAAACAUGGGCCAUCUACUCAUAAAACCCCAAGCUUUGAAUACUCCUGUGUCACCUGUGUCAAGAGUUUUGAAAGAGAAAGUGAUUUAAAGUCUCAUCAGUGCUGCCACGCUGAGGGUGAAACGAUGGCUGAGAAGAGAUAAUAAACGUGGGAAAAGACCUGCGUUACCAUUUAAAUGCUUAUCAGAAAUCAUUCAUGUAAGAGGACAGUUUCAUUGUCAAUGAAAACUGCUGGUGAAAACAGGUUAUGCAACACAACUGUAGGUGUUUCUUGGUUAUUUUUAUGUAUAUUUCUUUGAUUUGGACAAGACAGGAUCAGGUGUACAUAGUCAUGUUUUAUGUUCAUAUUGAAAUUAUGACAUAAGGACUUUGUGUGUUCUCCCCUUUGCAUCUGUUACCUGACAUGUUUUGUAUAAUUUAUUGAUAGAUACUUUAGUGUAGUGCAUUUUUCCUCACAAUAAUGGAAAUAUAUUUAACUGGAGUGUUUUAUUUUUAAGAUAAAAACAAAGAAAUGUGGUGCUUGCACAAAGAUGAUCAGUACUUAAAAUAAAGUUCAACAUUUGUAAAACUAAGACCUUUUAAAAACGUUUGUCUUGAUAUAUUACGUUUCUCUUUCCAGAAGUAUUCGGUAAAUAAAUGAAAGCUUAAAGUGAAGCUGUAAAUAUAGUUGUUCACGUUGAAUAAUCUGAACCUGAAAAGUGUUAAAGUCUCUAGGAUGUUGCACAUAUCUUGGGUAAUUUGUGAUUGGGGGAGUUGAAUGACAAUCAUGAUCAAUAAUGUAUUUAUUUAUUUAGGGCAUAAAGAGACAUAAUAGUUGUCAUUUACACAGCUGCAUCUCUUGUAUUCUUUGGUCAAAAUCUUGGUCUGUGAGACU